AGGAGUUGCAGUAGACACAACAUUGCGAGCAGGAUGGACAGCUCUAAUGUACGCUGCUUUCUAUGGACGAAUUCAAAUCUUGGAGUUUCUUUUGGAAAGAGGAGCUGAUGUUAACUUUAAUAAAGCAUCAUAUAUGUACACUCCCCUAAUUGCUGCUGCAUCUAGUGUACAGGAGGAGCAUUAUGUGACUUCAUGUUUAACCAUCCUGCUUGAGAGAGAUGCUAGUCCGAAUGUGCAUGAAAGAAGUCAUAUGACACCUCUGAUGUUUGUGUCAAAAAAUGGAAACCUGAGUGCAGUGCAGAAAUUACUUGAAUUUGGAGCUCAGACAGACAGACAAGACAACCGAGGAUGGACGGCACUUUGUUAUGCUGCCAAUCAAGGAUUCACCAGUAUUGCUGAAUGUCUUCUAAAUGCUGAAGCUGAUAUUCACAAAAGAUGUUCGGAGGGAACAGCACGUGAUAUUGCCUGUAAUCGAGGUUAUAUUGAGCUUACAGAACUGAUAGAUAAGUCAGUCAGUAUAUCAGCUGGCGAGAAAGAUCCAGUGAGACAUGCUUUGGAAGGUCUUCAGUUUUCACAACCUUCUAGGCCCAUUCAAAUGCAACCAGAAAACUCUUUAUCUACAAACCAGAUCAGCAGUGCUUAUGGAGAAGGAUGUGAUGACCUGGACCUGUUUCUCUGUGGUUUAGACCUUGGUCACCUCAGCCAUUGUUUUCAUCAGCAAGCAAUCAAGUUCUCUGUCCUCCUACAGAUGUCAGAGGAAGAUCUGGAAAAGAUAGGCAUAAACAAGUACGGAUGGCGACAAAAGAUAAUGGAUGCUGUACAGGAAAUUCACAAAAGAAAAUGGGAACCAGGAAGUGUGCAGGCCACUGGCAAAAGGAUUCUCAGCCAUUCAGAAUCCAUGGCUCUGAUUAAAAAUAUAACCAAGCACGUGGCUUACAUUGGAAGCAGUAUUACGUAUGUGGGUAAUAACUGGAAGGCCCACAAAACAUUGUUUGAUGAACAAGAUGACCCAGUCAAUCUACAGAGAUUAAUGACGGAGACGGACGAAGGACUCAAUAAGACCAUCAGGCUUUUUGAGGAAUUUCGGAAACUUAAAGGCCAGCUGAACCAGGCAACCAACUCCGAGACGGUACUGCCUGCAGAUUUGAUCCUUGAUUCAGAAGAUAUGCCAAGGAUUGGUAGGCGCCUAACUGCCAUUUUUGCAGUUACCCUGCUGACUACAAGUUUAUUUGUUCUAUUCAGGAGAAACAGUAUUCAAACAAUUGUGAGAACUGGAAUUUGAUCGUGCAUUUCUUUGAACUGAUUGCUCUGUGUGAAUGCUGCAAAAAAAAUCUGAUCUUCUGUGCACAAAGUGUGUAGAUGUAGAUGCCUUUGAUAUUUUUGGAAACACUGCAAAUUACAGUGUCUAAAUGGUUUGAGAAGAAAGCCCCAUCCAAGUCCCAAACUUGUUUGUUUGCUGUUCUAUUUAACUUUUGGGGGUUCUAAUUGGCCUAUGCGUAAAGUUUGUGGAAAAUUUCAUAUUUUAUUUCAGGAUUGUCUUUGGUAUAGUUGCGGAAAAAAUACUGUUUUUGUUAAGAAAUGUAUUGUUUUUCUUAGAUAUUGAAAGCAUUUUUCUGAUAGGCAAUUUCAAGAUUCAGAACAAUGACAUGAUCAAACUUGGCACAGGCAAAGAAUGAUGAAAGUGUGCAUAAUGAAGUCAUGUGUUGCAUGACAUCCCAAAUGUGCAUUUUUUUCGUUGUCCUAUACAGGGUGUUUCAUAAAAAAGGAAAGAGCUCAUUUUGUUGAUUCCUCGGGUAUGACUAAUUAUUUAGGUAACCACCAUCUGUUGCAUAACCAUGUCUUCUUUUUCUUGACACCACAAACUCUAUUUUACAGUCACGGAUGA